CCCGCGGGCCGCCCCGAUGUACAGCAUGAUGAUGGAGACCGACCUGCACUCGCCUGGCGGCGCCCAGGCCCCCACGAACCUGUCGGGCCCGGCCGGGGCGGGCGGCGGUGGGGGUGGCGGUGGCGGCGGCGGCGGCGGCGGCGGGGUCGCCAAGGCCAACCAGGACCGGGUCAAGCGGCCCAUGAACGCCUUCAUGGUGUGGUCCCGCGGGCAGCGGCGCAAGAUGGCCCAGGAGAACCCCAAGAUGCACAACUCGGAGAUCAGCAAGCGCCUGGGCGCCGAGUGGAAGGUCAUGUCCGAGGCCGAGAAGCGGCCGUUCAUCGACGAGGCCAAGCGGCUGCGCGCGCUGCACAUGAAGGAGCACCCGGAUUACAAGUACCGGCCGCGCCGCAAGACCAAGACGCUGCUCAAGAAGGACAAGUACUCGCUGGCCGGCGGGCUGCUGGCGGCCGGCGCGGGCGGCGGCGGCGCGGCGGUGGCCAUGGGCGUGGGCGUGGGCGUGGGCGCGGCGGCCGUGGGUCAGCGCCUGGAGAGCCCGGGCGGCGCGGCGGGCGGCGGCUACGCGCACGUCAACGGCUGGGCCAACGGCGCCUACCCCGGCUCGGUGGCGGCGGCGGCGGCGGCCGCGGCCAUGAUGCAGGAGGCACAGCUGGCCUACGGGCAGCACCCGGGCGCGGGCGGCGCGCACCCGCACGCCCACCCGGCGCACCCGCACCCGCACCACCCGCACGCGCACCCGCACAACCCGCAGCCCAUGCACCGCUACGACAUGGGCGCGCUGCAGUACAGCCCCAUCUCUAACUCGCAGGGCUACAUGAGCGCCUCGCCCUCGGGCUACGGCGGCCUCCCCUACGGCGCCGCGGCCGCCGCCGCCGCCGCCGCGGGCGGCGCGCACCAGAACUCGGCCGUGGCGGCGGCGGCAGCGGCGGCGGCCGCGUCGUCGGGCGCCCUGGGCGCGCUGGGCUCGCUCGUCAAGUCCGAGCCGAGCGGCAGCCCGCCCGCCCCCGCGCACUCGCGGGCGCCGUGCCCCGGGGACCUGCGCGAGAUGAUCAGCAUGUACUUGCCCGCCGGCGAGGGCGGAGACCCGGCGGCGGCCGCGGCGGCCGCGGCGCAGAGCCGGCUGCACUCGCUGCCUCAGCACUACCAGGGCGCGGGCGCGGGCGUCAACGGCACGGUGCCCCUGACGCACAUUUAGGGACGCGGGGACUCUGCGGCCCGCGCCCACGACGCGCGACGAGGGAGCGUGCGGCCCGCCCCGGGCGGCCUUGCUUUUGUACAGACGUUUCCACGUUCUUGUAAAGAGGAAGGCACUGGCGGCGACGAGCGCGGGCGACCCGCGGCCCCCACCUCCCCUUUGCGGGAGCUCCUGGGGACCCGCCGAGCGCUGACACCGCCGUGCGGUCUAGGCCGACUUCGGGGCUUUCUUGAGACUUUUUGUACAGUAUUUAUCACUCACGGAGGAGGCGGAAAGCGUUUUCUUUGCGCGAGGGGACAAAGGCCAAGCCAAGCGAGAGGCGACUCCCAACUUUUCUAUCCCGGCCGGCGCGCCCCCUCACCCUGCACCGCUUCCUGGCGCCGUUUAGUCGCCCGAGACCCGAGGCUCGGUGCCGGGAGCUGUGCUCGUUCGUUAUUGAUGUAGUGAGGCAGAUCCAGACACUUAACGACUUUUUUGUAGUUGUUACCGCUUUUUUUUUCUUUUUUUCUUUUUUUCUUUUUGGUUGGUUUGUUAAUUUAUACACAGAUCUCCCCAGUGCUUUCGGGUGGCCGCGUUAUAUUCUGGGUUUUGUAAAACUUUCUGUAUCUGAGCAUUUCCAUUUUUUUUUUGUUUUGUAUUAUUUCUUGUAAAUGCAUUGUGAAAUUUUUAUUUUCGGCGUUGCGGUGUGGGGAGGGGGAUUCAGAUUAUGUACAUAAUUUCCUAAAAAGCCUUUCUUCUAAAAACGAAAAAAGACCUCUCCUUAAAACAAAAAAUGCAUCGAGUUUUGAGUCAAUAAAUUUGAGAGAGAGAGGGAGAAAAAAGCCCAGUUUUCCCCUGUAAUUGGAACGUGCUAAUUUUAUAUGCAUGUUUUGUGACUUUAAAAUACAAUCAGUAAAUCAGAAGAAGGAGAAAGAGGCGUUAUCAGCAUAAACUAAAAGUGAGAGACU